GGGAACCCCGGGGCGCCGCUGUUUCCGGUUCUGAGCGGGGUGGGCCCGGCUGUCGGGGAAACCAGGGCCAGAUCGGUGAGGGAAGGGUAUCCGUCCGUCCGUCCGUCAGUCCCUCCAUCUUCAUCUCCGUCCGUCUAUCCGUCUCCGUCUGUCCGUCCCUCCAUCUUCAUCUCCAUCCGUCCCUCCCUCCAUCUUCAUCUUCAUUCGUCCCUCCCUCCAUCUUCAUCUCCGUCCGUCCGUCCGUCAGUCCCUCCAUCUUCAUCUCCAUCCGUCCCUCCCUCCAUCUUCAUCUCCGUCCGUCCGUCAGUCCCUCCAUCUUCAUCUUCAUCCGUCCCUCCCUCCAUCUCCAUCUCCGUCCGUCCCUCCCUCCAUCUGCAUCUUCAUCCGUCCCUCCCUCCAUCUUCAUCUCCGUCCGUCCGUCCGUCAGUCCCUCCAUCUUCAUCUUCAUCCGUCCCUCCCUCCAUCUCCAUCUCCGUCCGUCCCUCCCUCCAUCUUCAUCUUCAUCCGUCCCUCCCUCCAUCUCCAUCUCCGUCCGUCCCUCCCUCCAUCUUCAUCUUCAUCCGUCCCUCCCUCCAUCUUCAUCUCCGUCCGUCCGUCCGUCAGUCCCUCCGUCCCUCCAUCUUCAUCUCCGUCCGUCCGUCCGUCAGUCCCUCCGUCCCUCCAUCUUCAUCUCCAUCCGUCCCUCCCUCCAUCUUCAUCUUCAUCCGUCCCUCCCUCCAUCUUCAUCUCCGUCCGUCCCUCCCUCCAUCUUCAUCUCCGUCCGUCCCUCCCUCCAUCUUCAUCUUCAUCCGUCCCUCCCUCCAUCUUCAUCUCCGUCCGUCCGUCCGUCAGUCCCUCCAUCUUCAUCUCCGUCCGUCCCUCCCUCCAUCUUCAUCUCCGUCCGUCCAUCCGUCUCCGUCUGUCCGUCCCUCCCUCCAUCUCCAUCUCCGUCCGUCCAUCCGUCUCCGUCUGUCCGUCACUCCAUCUUCAUCUCCGUCCGUCCCUCCCUCCAUCUUCAUCUCCGUCCGUCCAUCCGUCUCCGUCUGUCCGUCACUCCAUCUUCAUCUCCGUCCGUCCAUCCGUCUCCGUCUGUCCCUCCCUCCAUCUUCAUCUCCGUCCGUCCAUCCGUCUCCGUCUGUCCGUCACUCCAUCUCCGUCCCUCCGUCCCUCAAUCUUCAUCUCCGUCCGCCCAUCCGUCUCCGUCUGUCCGUCACUCCAUCUCCGUCCCUCCGUCCCUCCCUCCAUCUUCAUCUCCGUCCGUCCAUCCCUCCAUCUUCAUCUCCGUCCGUCCCUCCCUCCAUCUUCAUCUCCGUCCGUCCGUCAGUCCCUCCGUCCCUCAAUCUUCAUCUCCGUCCGCCUAUCCGUCUCCGUCCGUCCCUCCCUCCAUCUUCAUCUCCGUCUCCGUCUGUCCCUCCCUCCAUCAUCUCCGUCUCCAUCUGUCCGUCACUCCAUCUUCAUCUCCGUCUCCGUCUGUCCCUCCCUCCAUCUUCAUCUCCGUCUCCAUCUGUCCCUCCCUCCAUCUUCAUCUCCAUCCGCCCGUCACUCCAUCUCCGUCCGUCCAUCCCUCAAUCUUCAUCUCCGUCCGUCCAUCCGUCUCCGUCUGUCCGUCACUCCAUCUCCGUCCCUCCGUCCCUCAAUCUUCAUCUCCGUCCGUCCAUCCGUCUCCGUCUGUCCGUCACUCCAUUUCCGUCCCUCCAUCUUCAUCUCCGUCUGUCCAUCCGUCUCCGUCUGUCCGUCACUCCAUCUCCGUCCCUCCGUCCCUCAAUCUUCAUCUCCGUCCGUCCAUCCGUCUCCGUCUGUCCGUCACUCCAUUUCCGUCCCUCCAUCUUCAUCUCCGUCUGUCCAUCCGUCUCCGUCUGUCCAUCACUCCAUCUUCAUCUCCGUCCGUCCCUCCCUCCAUCUUCAUCUCCGUCCGCCCGUCACUUCAUCUCCGUCCGUCCCUCCCUCCAUCUUCAUCUCCGUCCGUCCCUCCCUCCAUCUUCAUCUCCGUCCGCCCGUCACUCCAUCUCCGUCCGUCCCUCCCUCCAUCUUCAUCUCCGUCCGUCCCUCCUUCCAUCUUCAUCUCCGUCCGCCCGUCACUCCAUCUCCGUCCGUCCCUCCCUCCAUCUUCAUCUCCAUCCGUCCCUCCCUCCAUCUUCAUCUCCGUCCGUCCCUCCCUCCAUCUUCAUCUCCGUCCGCCCGUCACUCCAUCUCCGUCCCUCCGUCCCUCAAUCUUCAUCUCCAUCCGCCCGUCACUCCAUCUCCGUCCGUCCCUCCCUCCAUCUUCAUCUCCGUCCGUCCAUCCGUCUCCGUCUGUCCGUCACUCCAUCUUCAUCUCCAUCCGUCCCUCCCUCCAUCUUCAUCUCCGUCCGUCCCUCCCUCCAUCUUCAUCUCCGUCCGCCCAUCACUCCAUCUCCGUCCGUCCCUCCCUCCAUCUUCAUCUCCGUCCGUCCCUCCUUCCAUCUUCAUCUCCGUCCGCCCGUCACUCCAUCUCCGUCCGUCCCUCCCUCCAUCUUCAUCUCCGUCCGUCCCUCCCUCCAUCUUCAUCUCCGUCCGCCCGUCACUUCAUCUCCGUCCGUCCCUCCCUCCAUCUUCAUCUCCGUCCGUCCCUCCCUCCAUCUUCAUCUCCGUCCGCCCGUCACUCCAUCUCCGUCCCUCCGUCCCUCAAUCUUCAUCUCCAUCCGCCCGUCACUCCAUCUCCGUCCGUCCCUCCCUCCAUCUUCAUCUCCGUCCGUCCAUCCGUCUCCGUCUGUCCGUCACUCCAUCUUCAUCUCCAUCCGUCCCUCCCUCCAUCUUCAUCUCCGUCCGUCCCUCCCUCCAUCUUCAUCUCCGUCCGUCCCUCCCUCCAUCUUCAUCUCCGUCCGUCCUCCCUCCAUCUUCAUCUCCGUCCGCCCGUCACUCCAUCUCCGUCCGUCCCUCCCUCCAUCUUCAUUUCCAUCUCCAUCCCUCCCUUCCCUGGGGAUGAGGGAGUCCAGAUCUGAGGGGCAGAGGUUUGGGGUGAGAUGGGAACAGUUUAAAUGGAGGGUAGGGAGUUUUCGGAAUGAGCUGCUGGCGGGAGAGGUUGAGGCAGAUCCAUUUAUCAAGCACUUGGAUGGAUACAUAUGGGGGCGGGGGGGCUCGGAGAGAUGUGGGCCAAACAUAUGGAAAUUGGGACCAGCUGGGUGGGCAGGAACUGGUCGGACUGAAGGGCCUUUAUCUCUGACUCAGUUCGGCCAAUAUCUAGGACCUUGCUGUGCUAAGGUUCCUGUCCUGGAGUUGGAGACUUGUCUGUGUGUGUGAGCCAGGUGACGUGUUUGUGUGGUUCUAUGUCAGCACAGGAAUGUGUGAGGAUACUAGCGGCUUCCCCCAGCACAACACUAGAUGGUGUCGGCUGUUAACACAAAUGUCUCAUUUAAUUGUCUGUUGCAACGUACACAUGACUAAUAAAUGAAUCUGAAACUUAUACCACCAGAUCUACAACUCAAGCUGCUCAGUUGGCCGUUGGUUGUUUGAGGUCCUGGGGUAGAAAUGCAGAUCUUCUCACCGUGAUAACACACACAAAAUGCUGGAGACCCAGCAGGCCAGGCAGAGUCCAUGGAGAGGGAUAAACAGUCAACGUUCCAACCCUUCAUAAGACUGAGCAGAAAGGGGGAAGGCACCAGACUAAAAAGGGGGAGGUGAUGGGUGAAGCCAGGUGGGUGGAGAAGUCGAGGCCUAUAGAAGAAGGAAUCUGAGAGGAAAGGAGAGUAGACCAUGGGAGUCUCUCUGUGGAUGGGUUCCUUAAGGCGGUCGUAGCAGUGAGGAGGGUAAUGGGUUAGGCUCCCACUACCUAUUAGAUGCUCCUAAUGGCAUCCACCUCAGAUGGUCUGUGACAACUAAGUCCAGCUCCCGGUCUUUGCACAUGAGCCUGGUAGGACUGUUUCUACUGAGAGGAUAGAGGGCAAAGACAGUACUGUCACUGUAAAACCAGUUGCAUGAGCAGAUGGGCUCAUUAACAAUGGUUGGGCAGCUCAUCUGGGCGAAGGAGAACUGAUCUCAAGCCUCCACUGCCUUGCGGCUGGCACCCACUCAUGGGGGAGGCUUUGGGAGUAAACCUUGAGGAAAACUCCAGAGCUGAAGCCCCUAAGGCCGCCCUACAUUGAGUUCAUGCUGACAGGCAACUCCUGCGACCCUGCUGGCACCGAACUGUGUCGGUCCCUGCCGUUCCUCUGGGUUCAUCAGAUGUGUGGAGAGGGGGAGCUUGCUACACAGCAACAGCUUGUUCUCCAGAUUGUACUGCCCAGGCUUGUGUAUCUAGACAGCUAGGACACAAUAUCCACGGUCGACUCUGACCUAUUUGGAGGGCGUCGCUCUGUGAGUGAGGGAGAGUGUGUCCAGGGUAAUCAGAAUUGCCCACUGGGGAGAGAUCAGAUUAGUAACAGCUUGGAAUUUGAGAUGUGUUAGACCAUCAAACCCCUGUAGACCAGUUCCCUGGGGAUUUACAUCAGCAGUGGACGUCCAACAGCGGGGGAGAAUAGUUAACACAACAUACAUGUGACGGGGUUCUCUGUCUUUGGGUAACUAAUGGACUGGAACAAGUAAAGGAGAGAGAUGAGAAAGCUAUGUCACCCCCAGCCCCUGGGCCCCACACUCCCUGACAGCCCUGUAAUAAGUUUGGGAUCUCCCACCCACUCUGGGGGAGGAGAAUAUCAUAUACAAUUGCUCUCGGGCUGACAACAACAAUACCCCUCCAUAGGUCCUGGAAGUGAGCAGUAGGGUUCUGGUCAGGCAGUACAGAGGGAGGGUCACACUGUGGGAGGGGUGGUACAGAGGGAGGGUCACACUGUGGGAGGGGUGGUAUUGAGGGAAGGUC